CAUUGUUCACAAGCUGCCAAAAUGUCAAAGCGAUUCAUCCGAGAAUUUAUUGAAUGCUAUCGAAAUGAGACAGCAUUGUGGCAAUCAAAAAGUGAGGCAUUUAAAAACAAAUCCACGCGGAAUAAAGCUUGGCAAGUAUUGCUAACAAAGUACAAAGAAGUAGACGAAGAUUCAACAUUGGAAGGCGUGAAAAAAAAGGUAAAUUCGCUGCGUGCUUCAUACAGACGCGAACUCCGAAAAAUUGCACUGAGCGAAACGUUCGGAGCUGAAUCCGCUUAUAAACCGACUAUUUGGUAUUUUGAUGAUAUGGAUUUCCUUCGAAGCCUGGAGUCCCAAAUUGAAGAGGUAAUUUCUUUUGACGACGGCACCGAAACAACCGAAACAACCAAAACAACCGAAACAGAAACUCGUAAUCCAAUAAAGCGUAAACAUAAUGAGAGCAAUGAGUCCCUGGAGGAACCGUUGUUGUAUAUAGAUACUGAUAAUAAAAGGGUUAGAGACGAUGCAGAUGUUUUUGCUGAAGGAUGGGCUAUAAUCUAUCGAAAACUAUCAAAGGACCAACAAAUUUUCGCAAAAAGAGGAAUUGACGAAAUUCUAACGCAAGGCCAGCUGAAUAUGCUGUCAUACGCUAGUGUCUAAAUUUUAAGUCUUCAAGUGGCAAUCAAAUCGUACAAACUUUUUUAUUGACUGAAUAUAUGUACAUAACCUUAAUCCUACGAA